UGUUGGCUGCUGUUCGAGGCCAUCUGCAAGAAAGACCUUGCUGUCCCUGUUAUCUACACCGCCAGUCAGACCUUGUUGAAUGCCGUUCUCGAUCCAACCAGAACUUAUACUGAAAAUGAUUGUGCCGUCCCUCAGAAACUUCCUUGUGUUUGUUGUAUCUACAAGUGAGCCGAUGAACGUAUGCUCUCAAUGAGCAAGAAAGAACCGUUACAACGACGCGCUCACUACCAACAUCAUGGACUCAGAAACAGAUGCGAGACAUCUGAUAGAGUCCAUUCGGGACGAGUGUGGGUUGGACAGUUCAAACCCAACUCAUGUAGCCCAAUUAAACACCCUGAUCGAAAUGAUCUCGAGUCAGCUCUACGACAAUGCAGUGCACUUUCUAUUGGAACUUCUUCAGAAUGCCGAUGAUAAUGUCUACGAUUCCUCGGAACCGCAAGUCAAAUUCACGUAUACACCCGGUUGUUUACGUGUCGACUGCAAUGAGGUUGGAUUCAAUGCCGCCAAUGUCAAGGCCAUCUGUGCAAUUGGCGCCAGCACUAAGUCAGGCCAGAACAAAGCAAGCGGCUUUAUCGGCGAGAAAGGCAUUGGUUUCAAAAGCGUCUUCAAGGUUGCCGACGUGGUUUGGGUCGCAUCAGGUCCUUACAGGUUCAAAUUCGACAAGAACGAGAAACUGGGCAUGAUUGCUCCGAUGUGGGCCGAUUUCCCUGUCAAUCCCCCUCCCACACACACAUCCUUCUAUCUCCAGCUCUCAAAGGAUUAUGAUCGAGACGAGCUUUUGCAGGACUUGAAAGCAUUUGACCCGGACCGCUUGCUGUUCCUUCGUCGCAUUAAGGUCAUUGAGUUGAGUAUCCAACAAUCAGACGGGCAAUCGUGGGCGACGAGGCUCGUUCGAACUGUGUCGGUUGAUGGUGGAAAGCCUACUACCAUGAUCCGACAUGGCCCAGGGCAGUUAUCAUACUAUGUUAUGAAGCACAAAGUCGAGGCUCUUCCUCGCGAAAGCAAGCGGCCAGGGUUUUCCACCAGUGAACUUCAACUUGCGUUUCCAGUCUGGGAUUCUUCGAAAGAAGCGACACCGGGCAAGAAGUCGAGGAACGUAUAUGCAUACCUGCCGAUCGGCGAUUACGGACUACAGUUCAUCCUACAGGGCGACUUCCUACUCACAGCGAGUCGUCUCCAGAUUGACACUUCCUCAACGUGGAACCAGACUCUUAGAGAUGCCUUGAGCGACGCGUUCCUCCAUGCCGUGCAGGUCUUCAACAAAGGGGACGAAAGGUAUCUUUGGCCUGGAUAUCUACCGGACGAGAGAACCGGCACCUUUUUCGUACCUGCGCAACAACGAAUUCGCGAUGCACUCGAGUCCAAACCCGUUGUGGAAUCCUUCGAUCAGUCCAUGCACUGUCCGUGUGAACUGGCUCGCGUACCGCGCAAAUUCAUUGGCAAAGAUGGACUUCCGUUUAGUUUGAACCAGCGAACCGCAGGUCGAUAUUUGUCUCCGCGAUAUUCAGAAUGGGCGAUAGCUGCUCUUCAUAUCAUCGGCGUCUCGACUCUGUCGGACGAGCAGUUUCUGAACGAUCUGAGUGAUAUGAUGACGGCGGACCCAGGAUCAUUCCACAGUCGCCCACAUGAUUGGCAUGCUAGCCUUGCAGAUGCAUUGGUGCCAUUCACAAUCGCCAAGAAGCACAUGAAUAUUUUACGAAACAUGCCCUUGGUUCCUCUUACAGAUGGCUCGUGGGUUUCAGCAAAGACCGGCCCAGUUUUCUUCAUUGCCGACCUUCAGCACGACGAUUUCCCCGUUGGGGACAAGUUUUCCAUCGUCCAUCCUCAAGUGGCAGCAAAUGUCAAUAGGCACAAACUUCUAAGCAACCUUGGCAUCAAGUCGGUUGAAAGGACUCAGCUGUGCAAGUGUAUUUGCGAAGCUCAUUGCUCACCAACCUUCGAACCUGAAAAGUGGUCGACUAGCCAGUUGGCAGCGCAGGUCAACCUUCUUUUCCGGUCGGCCUAUAGACCGCCAGAAGAUAUUGACCUAUGGUUCGCGACGCUGGACAACAAACGAUGUAAGGGUACUCAGCUGUACUUCCAAGGCCACUACGACAGAAACUCGUACGCCGCUCGGAUAUUUCACCAGCUGAAGAAAAAGUUCCCAACAUUGCAUCCUAAUUACGUAGCCUCUGGACCCGACGAAAAGUCAUGGCACUCCUUUCUCGCCGAUAGCCUUCAUCUCUCAGCUGUUCCACGCCUUGUCUGUAUGUCCAAGCCGGGCUCCAAAUCCUUCAGGCUUUCGGACGAGUUUAGGUAUAUUUUCCAGACAUGCAACCACUCCGAUGUGCUGGGGCUUCUGAAUGAGCAUUGGCAUACAUAUUCAGCAUGGCUGGAGCCGGACAGUGCUCAGAUGAGCGCCUCUGCAACAAUCCUCCUGAAAGAAAUUUCCGCAGUUAUUGUGCAAACUACCACUGGCCCGACAAGGCUUCGAGACUCUGUCCUUCCAGAGCUUGAUCAACGGCUGCAGAGCGAUCAAAUACCCAGUCUUAAGCUUGACAGGCCGGUUAACGACUUGCAAAAGCAACGCCUGAGCCGUCUCGGUAUUGCUGUGCGCACGAAUGCGCGGUACUAUCUCUCCUGCCUAAAAUCGAUGAGCAGUCAAAAUCGUCCAGAUGUUGACACACUCUCCUACCUUUACGAACAAAUACAAGAUCGUUAUGACGGGGACGAGGAAUAUAUCGGCGAUGCCUUCAAAACCGAGGACCUCGUCUACGUAUCCUCCAAAAGUCGCAAGUCCGAUCAGGCCGUCGGCUGGCUUACCAUCACAGAGUGUGAGAGACGCAAUAUCGACUUGAGAACUGAAUACCCACGGAGCCAGCAGCUUUUCAAAUUUCUUUCGGUCGAUGGAACGGAUGCGGUCGAAAGACUCAUCACGAAGGCGACAAACAUUGACCAAACACACAGUCUGGAGCAGAUUGCCCAGAUCUUUGUCGAGAUCAACAGCGCACUGGCAAAUCUGACUCAGAAGAGAAUUGCGGACUUGAUGAAAAAGCUGCAACAACGCUCAGUGUUUCCCAUCGUCAGCAAGGACGGCGCCGGCAGCACAGAAUCAUACGACGAGUUGCAACCUGUGGAGGCCAGGUGGCUCAUUGCCGACCGUCCAUUCUUGAGAGACAGUUUCGCUGGCAAGGUCUCGCUAUUGGCCUUUUCCCCAAAGCAGAUUCAUUCGCUGGAAAGAUUUCUAGCGGCCCUGAAGCUAGAUUCCAGAAAGCUCUCUGGCCUCUCCAAGGGGAAGGGGACCCCCCAAGGCCUGCUCAAGUUAUCCGAAAGCCAUACAAAGCUCUUGCGUUCCCGGGCGAGCUUCCUCUGCGAGUUGCUUCCAGAAUCGACCAAAGACCGCUCGAAAAUGAUCCGAGAGAUCAAAGGUCUCUCUGUCUAUCAAGCCAGUGAAAUCAGACAGACAUGCACUGCCAAAUACCGCAAUGAGGUAUACUCUGGAAAUCCGACCAAGGGCGAAAUCGCCCUCGGGUCGCGGAACAACUGCAUGCAGCUGUAUCUCACCCGGGAGGCCUUGCGCUUCAAAACGCUUCCUCUAGAAGUCGCACGAUACAUCGCGGACCAUUUUGGCAUGAACGAGUCCUUUCAUCUGAGCCUUUUACAGGCAGUAAUAAGCGAAAUAGACAUCCGACGGCUCCAAAAUACCUUUGAACAGGAGGGGUUUUUCGUGGAAGUUGACUCUGAUGCUGCAAUGGGCUCCCUGGCUGAGGACGACACCGGCGACCAAGAAGAAGAUAAAUAUAUGAGCCUGUCUGGUGAUGUCUUCAGAAUGCCGUCGCCUUUCGACUUCCCAAGGGAGGACAUCGACGACAAUGAAUCAUUUACACGGUUUGGCACUAAAAGCAAGCGUGGUGCCAGGAAUACUCGAGGUAAGACGCCGAGCGGGGCGAGCAGAACAGACAAACGGAUACCACGAAUCACAUUCACACGGAUCAAUGAGGAGGACUCUGUUCUGAAGCACAGCAUGGUCUCCAGCGAUGAGCAGCCUCCGCAUCGCGAUCUUCAGUAUCUGGGCGAAUGCAUGGUAUCGAGGCUUUUACAGGUGUCACUUGGGCAGGCGUACAACCCUACCCAAGGCUGGACCAGCCCGCUCAAAGCACGGUCGGGGCUCAAAUGCCUCGGAAGAUAUGCGGGACAUUCUUCGUUCACGUUCAGAGAUCGAAAUGGUUCCGGGGCUGUGACGAGUUUUCUAGCGGCGAAUGGCCACCCGGAUGCGGCACGGUGGAAGCAUAUGUAUCCCAACUACCACCUCGAGAUCGUGGUCUCUGCCGGGGAUGCAAACGGCCUUUUUCAAUGGAGCUCAGACAAGCUCGAGAAGGCGAAACAGUGCCAUUUGCCGGACCGGUCUGGCCCGGGUCAGAAGAUCAGCGAUGUUCUCGUCCUCAUUCAGAUCAGCAAUGUCUUCACUGACCCGAAGUUUCACCUCAUUGUUGACCCCUGGCAGCUUGUCAAAUCACGGCAGUUUGAAUUCAAAGGCGAUCAUGUGCUGGAAGCCUCUAUUCCCGCCCGGGCGGUUCGGCCAAUGCAUACUGCCGCUAGGUCCCAACCCGCAGGCCAUCAAAAGAAUGCGGAUCCAGAAAGACGUGAUGAUCGAACGCAAGCAUUUGAACGAAGGGCCCGGAAGAACCAUCAGUUCACUGCUCAAAAUGGUGUGUCGCCUGGCUGGGCCAACGUUGAAUGGAGAAGGCCUGAUGUGAACCAGCAGGCGCCCGUCGAACCAUCUUCUCAGCCAAAUGGGAGACCGACUGAGGCUCAACGUGGGACAGCUAACAAGCCUGCUAGAAUGCCUCUGCCGGCCAUGACAAAUGGCCAGCAAAUGCCCCCACCACAGCCUUGGGGGAAACGGUCUUCAAACACCACGACCUCAACCCAAACACCAACAAACCAAACAUCGGAAGCAGUGCCACCGGAUAAUGGCGUCGUCACCAAUGCGACAGCCAUGGCAACACUCAAUCAUGGAUUCCAGCGCGGAGCUCAUGGCGAAGUGCCAGCUAUCUCUGCACUCACAUUAUUUCUAGGGCACACAACAAUCGGGUAUAAAUACCAUCAACUGCCUGAGGAUCACAUAAGACUAUUCAUGCUCUUUCCAGGGAAGCAUGGUGCUCCGCUCAAGGGGUGCAUCUACAGUGUGCCAUUCCAUGAUGCAGGUAUAUACCGGACUUUGUCGUAUGUCUGGGGUGACAAAGAACAACAGAUGCACGUACUAGUGACCCCAGAAGGCUCGAUCCAGAUCACCGAAGCAUUGAAGAUCGCUUUGGAAAAGUUGCGCCUGCCGAAGACCGUGGCAAUUCUCUGGAUAGACGCUCUCUGCAUCAACCAAGCCGACCCGGAGGAGAAGGCGGAACAGAUAUUUCUCUUGCCAGAGAUUUUCCAGAAUGCAGCAUCCACGUUGGCUUUCAUCGGCGCCGAUGGCGACGGCGACGGCGCCAUCGAGAUGUUGCUGCAAGUGCGUGCAAAGGAUGUUGUCAAGGGCAAUCCAAAGGCGGGCUGGCCAGAGGGCAUUCCACCGGUCGACGUCUCAUGGAAAACCCGUCGAACGCCACCGCUAGAUGCAGCGAUAUGGGCUGAAGUCAGGGCGUUGUUCAGCAGGUCUUGGUUUCGACGAGUGUGGAUCGUGCAGGAAAUGGUGAUCGCGCCCACGGUCAAGGUGAUAUGUGGGAAAUGGAUGAUCGAAUGGCAUGAUCUAUUUGCCGCCAUUGAGAUUGUGGAACAAGAGCACGAAGCUCUGAGUCUCGAUCUUCGGCCAUGGACACCCUUCCUCACCCUGGGCAAGCAUCGAGAAUGGGAAGCGAGGGGCAAGCGGUGGCCGUUGUGUCUUCUUCUCGAAAACUACCGCCACGUAGCUUCCACCCUCACGCGAGAUCGAUUUUUUGCCCUGGUGGGUAUGGCCGAGGACGGGGACCGUGAUGAGUUCCAACCUGACUACAAAGCCCAAUUUGAAGCGGUAGCCCUCAAAGUCGCCGAAGGUAUCCUGGCUCAAGGCCAGGGCAUUAAACUGCUCCAUCGGGCAGGGCUCACUGCUCAGUCUACUCGAUUUCCAUCGUGGCUGCCCGAUUGGACUGUCUCCCGGCCUGGGAGUCUUGCCGAUUCCCUAGAUCGAGGCCUCGAAUUCGACGCUUGCGCAGGCCUCAACGGGACGAUAACACACCAUCGGCGGUCUGACGAGAUUUCGGUUCUGGGCUGCGUCGUGGACGAGAUAUCGGAGACCACUUCCUCGGCAAAUGAGCCUCACACUCGCAAAGCGUAUUUCGGGGAGAUCGACAAGAUGGUCGAUUCGCUCCGAAAAAGAGUCUCCAAAGGCGAGUUUGGCGAAUGGAGCUGGAAGACGCCGGUCGCAGGGGCGGAAUUCCCCAGCCACAACACCAGCGUGGCGAGAGACUGUGAGCUUCGUGACUCCUACAAGGCUUUCCGACAGUUGCACAAGAAACCUAAGCCCGAGUCAGUCGAGCAGAGCUCAGCCUAUGUCUCUCUACUGGGUGACAAAGUCCUUGGAUGGCGCUUUGCACUGACUAAAGAGGGACGCUGUGCCACAAUACCGCAUGAAGGCCGUGUCGGUGAUCAAGUUUGCAUCCUGCGAGGUGGUGUGGUGCCUUUUUUAAUCAGGAGAAGCGAAGGAGAAGGUUGUUACAAUCUGGUUGGCGAAUGCUAUGUAACGGGGAUAAUGCAGGGCGAGCUUCGUGACUCUUUCAAAGAGCUUAGCGACACCAUUCGGAUACGGUAGGCUUGUAUUAGCCUGAUGGUUUGAGGAUUGUAUACUGCACGACGUUGCGGGUGAGUUGGGCGUGAGGCUUUGUUGUAAUAAAAGCGGC